AUGGGCAUCUCUGACCAUAAUACGACUUCUGGCACCGCGGUGCAAUCAGACCAUAGCACGAAAAUGCAACACUCCGAAACCAGAUAUCACAAUCCUCAAUUUCAAGAACAGCGCUACCCGGCCGAGGAUGACAGGAUGAUCACUGAGGGAAAAGAGCCUUCUGAACAGUCACAAACCAUUAGUGAGAAGGACACAUUUCGCCACGAGCUCACGGCGUUGGCAAUGAAUUGCCCCUGUCUACUGGAAAAGUUGCUGCGUCUUUCAGCAGCACUAACAGGCCGGCCUUCAGAUUUGGUUCGGAUUCGGGGUGUCGUUUCUUUCAGGUUGAGAGCCGACGCUGUAACACCGCUGACUGCCAUCCGGCUCAUGGGCAGUUUUGCUCUGGACAGGGCACUCCUUUUCGCAGAGGAUAGUCUCGAUGAAUGGGAAUCCGGGUUUUAUAGAGACCACAUCCCGCCGAUCAUCACCGCCACUCACAAUAUGGACGCGGCCCAAAAACAGAUGUGGUGUAGCAUUCUUGCCUUGAUCGCAAGACUUGAGAUCGCCGCUUCGCUUGCACAUGGAAACUCUUCAAUGACGAGCCCAAGUAUUCUCGAGCAUAUCCAAAGCUACCAGAGCGGCUCUACGGAUUCAUUUUGCAGAUCUUUUAAUGCAUCCAUGACCUGCCUUAAAUUGCUAUCUGAAGUCAUGAAACUAUGCCUUCCAGCACCAUAUACACGGGCCAAUUGGUCAAGUGACGAAAGUGCCCAAUCAUCUGAGAAUACCGUAUUUGUUUCGCGAUGGAACAAAUUACUGCGCAAGCUUUUAGCCUGGGAAAAAGCCCGUCCAGUGGAGCUUGAGGAAAUAUUCACCCUCGAUAGCUCUAAAAACACUCUACCCAAGAUAAUCUACAGCGGCGGCGGAGGCAUCUCUACGAAUAUUCUUUACCAUACUGCCAUGUUCUUGUUACUUAACAGAAAGCCAGAGUCGGCUAGGGACUCUGAACGGGGUCAAAAUACUAACGGAGACGAAGAGCAUAUGCAUCCUCGUUUCCAUCUGCGCUGGGUCUGCGGCAUCGCCUUACAUUGUGAGGCUGGAGACUCGCAUUGCUGGGAUCCAUGCACAAUAGCAGCGAUGUCGAUUUUAACUCCCCAUAUCACUGCCCUGAUCCAGCCUAUAGACAUGGCUAGCAUUAAAAACAGCAUAAAGUCAUCAGGCUGGCCCGCUGGACGGCUGUUAGCAUAA